AUGGACUCCACCUUGGAGAAGCUGCUCCAGACACGUCCUGCUGAGAGGAGGUCCGACCAAGGCUGGACAGUGGUGGAGAUCAGGUCAGUCCCCGGCAUCGACGACCAGGGCGUCAUCCAGACGGAGGCCAACUCCACCGUCUCACUGCUGUGUGUCGUCAACGCGCCUCUGGCUGAGCUGGUCUGGCUCAGGAACGGAGCCACGGUCAAGCUGCAGGAGGCCAACAAGUUCGGCAACAGCAGCGUGUGCGUCUCGCCCGUCACCGCCUCCGACGACGGCGCCGUGUUCUCCUGCGCCAUGAGAGAGGACGCCGCCACCAAGAAUUCUGUCACCCUCAAUGUCACAUACCCCCCACCGCUGUCCGCACCGGAGCAAGUCACAGUGGAGGAGGAGACGGCGCUCGCGCUGAGCUGCGGCGUCCAGGCCAAUCCUCCCGUCUCCUCUGUGAAGUGGACCAUCAACGGCAGCGCCGUGGAUCUGGUGGAGUCCGGCUUCUCGGUGAGCAGUGAUGGAGUGACCAGCGUGCUGUCCACCGCCGUGGCCCAGAGAAGCCUCCACGCCGGCACCUACCAGUGCCUGGUGACGUCUCCCAUCUACGGCACCAGGACCAAGUCCUUCCAGGUCACCGUUACCGAUCGGAGCACCUUCCCGCUGAUGCCCAUCAUCGCCGGAGUCGUGGUCAUCUGUCUCACCGCUGUUCUGGCUGUCUUGUCUCGGUGGCACAAAAUUGCCCAGUGCUGCAAGUGAACCAGCAGCCAGGCAACCUUCACCAGUGGAUGUUGUUGAGAAGACCAGGCGUGGAAGCUGCCGCCUGUGAGGCUCUGAAUCCAGCU